AUGGAAUACAAAGGUCAGGUCUUACAGGUUCUUCAGGUUUCUAAGCAUGGUUACAUAAAGGAGCCUCUUAAACAGCUCAACAAAGCAGUAAGAAUGAGCUCUUGUUCCGGACCAGAAGAUGCUAAAGUGGUAAUUGUAGGUUCAGGUUUUGCAGGGUUGGCCGCUGCAGCAACAUUGGUGAAGACAGGAUUUGAAAAUGUCCUGGUUCUUGAGGCAAAGGAAAGAAUUGGAGGUCGAGUGCACACCACUAAACCCUUCACCGAGAACAUCAUCGAAGUUGGAGCAAACUGGAUCCACGGACAGAAAAGAAACCCCCUGUUCAAGAUGGCAAAAGAGGAGAAUCUGCUAUCCGAGGGAACUUCUGCAUUCAAAAAGUCCCGUUCUGUAACCCAUCAAGAUUACUUUUUCAAAGAAGAUGGGAAGCAGGUCUCCACAAAGCUUGUAGAUCAGGUGUGUUUGCACUUCAGCAAGCUCACCGACAAAGCUUUUGAUGAUGAACUUAAGCACAAACACAGGAAACUAAGUCUGGGUGCUUAUCUGGAUGAUGCCUUUAGUGAAUCUCCUUUAGCCGCGAAAGAAGACGGCCAGCAAGUUUUUGAAUGGUGCAAGAGGAAUGAAUGCACAGAUGAGGCUUGCUCUAGCCUCUAUGAGGUGUCUGCAUCUCAGAUUAGCAAUUACACUGCAUUAGAGGGAGACUUUUUUAACACCUUGGGGCCCGGAGGCUAUCGAGCAGUCUUAGAUGUGCUCCUGAGAGAUCUACCUUCUGGAGUUAAAAACAACAGUCUUUACAAUUAUAACUGCAUUUAA